AUGGAGUUACUGAAGGAAUACGAUUUUGAGUUGAAUUACCAUCCGGGGAAAGCAAACGUUGUGGCGGAUGCACUAAGUCAAAAGUUGUUAUAUGUUGCUUGGGUGAUGCUUCGCGAAGAGGAGUGGCUCAAAGCAUUUGAGAGUAUGAAGAUCGGUGUUCAAGAAGUGGCUGGAACUCUAUGUCUGAGUCGGUUACGAAUCUCGAGUGAUUUUAAAUCCGAACUUCUAAAGGCUCAUCAGAACGAUGACGCAUUACGAAGGUGUUGCCAGCUAUCGAGCAAGAGAAGCAGUGGAGAGUGUCAUGAGAUCAAGAUGGACUAUGGAGGUUCAAGGGUGAAGAUUGAACAUCAGAGACACUCCGGGACAUUGCAACCCAUGGAGAUUCCGCAAUGGAAGUGGGAGAGCACUGCGAUGGAUUUUGUGUCGGGAUUGCCGAGGACUAGAACCGGUUUUGAUGCUAUCUGGGUAAUUGUGGACAGGUUGACGAAGUUGGCUCACUUUCUACCCAUUCGAAUGAACUAUACUCUUGAAGAGUUAGCACGCUUGUAUAUAAAGGGGAUUGUGAGACUUCAUGGUGUGCCAACUACUAUAAUUUCAGACAGAGAUCCCCGCUUCACUUCGAGGUUCUAG